UGAGGAACCGGUGCUGUGAGCCGCUGGGCUGCACUCGCACAUGCACGCCGGUGCACACGGACCUUGACACCAACAUGGACACGGACACAGAAACCACAGCACUUUGUUCUUCCAGCAGCCGCCAGGCCUCCCCACCGGGGACACCCACACCAGAAGCAGAUACCACGCUUCUGAAACAGAAGCCAGAGAAACUGUUGGCAGAGUUGGACCGGAGUGGGCCACCUCCUGUCCCUGGGGCCCCCAGACGAAGAGGAAGCAUGCCUGUACCCUACAAACACCAGCUGCGGCGGGGCCAAGCUGUCGAUGAACUUGACUGGCCACCUCAGGCCUCAUCCUCUGGCUCCUCUGAGUCCUUGGGCUCAGGGGACGCAGGCUCCACCCAAAAGGAUGGCGUCUUUAAGGUCAUGCUCCUGGGGGAGAGUGGCGUGGGCAAGAGCACGCUAGCAGGCACUUUUGGAGGUCUCCAGGGAGACAGUGCUCAUGAGAUGGAGAACUCAGAGGACACUUAUGAGAGACGAAUCAUGGUGGACAAAGAAGAAGUGACUUUAAUUGUUUAUGACAUUUGGGAACAGGGGGAUGCAGGAGGAUGGCUGCAGGACCACUGCCUUCAGACGGGGGAUGCCUUUCUCAUCGUCUUCUCAGUCACGGAUCGACGAAGCUUCUCCAAAGUUCCUGAAACCCUUCUUCGGCUCCGGGCUGGAAGGCCCCACCACGACCUACCUGUCAUCCUUGUUGGAAACAAGAGUGACCUAGCCCGCUCCCGGGAGGUAUCACUGGAGGGUGUGUAUCCUGAACCCAUUGUGUACUUGAAAUCUCAAGAGAUGACUUUCCAGGCCCUUCCUCCCCGGGAGGCCUUUUACUCCUCCCUGGUGUACGAUCGCAUGCAUUUAGUCCCUGGGUUAGGGAACAGCCCCACUACCCAGCCGCUGGGGUCCUUCACUAGCCCUCAUUGCAAGGCCAAACGCUUCCUCGCCAACCUGGUGCCGCGCAACGCCAAGUUCUUCAAGCAACGCUCCAGGUCGUGCCACGACCUUUCCGUGCUCUGAGCCGCGGUCGCCAUGGCCACUGCCGUCGCCAUGGACACCGUGCCCUCCGCUCGCCCCCUCGCCCUACUCCUGUCCGUCUAGGAAACCAAAAAUUCCCAGGAUGCCCUGGUGUGAGCGGGAGGCGGGGCCGGGUGGCUGGUCCCCCCACCGCCUCCACGCCGGGUCUGAACUGCUGACCACCUACAGCGCCUCAAGACCUGCGAGUCAGGGAAGAAAUCCGUGCUGCAAGGUAUUUUUUAUUAUCAUUAACUCACAAGAGACCACCUCUCCUGGCAAGAGACUCCAAAAACACUGGAACCGGAAAAGUGCUUUGUAGCCUCCUGGAUGGAGUUGACCUCCUUGGUAUUCUGAACAUGCCUUACCUUUAAGCAAGUUUUAAAGGUAAAAACCCAGAGAUGACUCUUCCAGAGAUAACUGAAAAUGUUCUCUGAUCCGCCGCCCAGGCCCACUUGGCCCUUAAGAAGUUCUUAAAGGAAAGGGCCUGGAAGUUAUUCUUGAGAUUGGACUCUGACUUACCAUUCUACUAUGGCACGCUCCCUCCCUUUAAGGUUAUUGAAGUUAAGGUGUGGGCAGACUCUCUGCCUUUUAGAUGUCCUAAAGUAGAGCUGAGUGCUGGCAACCCCUUUGGCCAGGGCCUAGGAGGCACCAGCAAGGGACCCUCCUUUCCCCUUCCAAUAAAAUUUUUUUUCUAUUCA